AUUGCACGCAAAACCUGCAUAUACACACGCGCAGGCGUAUAUAAUAUCUACGAUUUUCAACAUGUCGGUGAAAUAAAAUAUGGCGAGUAUUUGAUGACUAGACGUAUACGUACGAUCUGGUGCUAGUUGCUUUUUGCUGACAUUUUCACAAAAUAAAUGUUCUUCUGAGAAUAUGCCCAUAGUUUAAUUUUCAACGUAAAUUGUACCGCAAUAUAAAUCGAGAAAAGUAGUAAUUAUUGUACAUCUUAACCUUAUAGAGCAAAAAAAUUUUUAACUCUAUAUAAAUUAGAAUUUUGAACAAAACCGGCGAUGCCGUUAAUUUUGAAAUCACAUUAACUAUUGUCGAGAAUACAAAGAUAAAUGACAAUAUUUUUCAAUUAUUAAGAAAUGAUACUUUUCUGCAAAAUAUUUAUGUUUGGAAUACAUCAGAAAGUGAAUCAUUGAGUAAAACUGUCAUCAACUUUGCCACAUUAAGGAAUAGGAAUGUUAUGCUAUUAAAAAGAAAUCGAAACAUCAUGUACAGUUUUGAAGGAGAUUACAGACGUAAACCACAGCAAAAUUUAGCAGGUGCAAGUAGAAGAGAUGAGAAGUCAGUUCUGUUGCAGCAUGCACAGUUAGAACGUUUAAAACGAGAACAACAGCGUAAAAGACAUAAUGCAGCACUGAAGAUUCAGGCACUUAUACGUGGUUUCAUAGUAAGGAAGCAUAUGAAAAUAAUUAAACGAAAAGAAUUUGACGAAGAGCAACAAAUAAGUAGUCGUAGAAAUUUAAAUUUAGAUGAGUUAACAAUAUAUUUCCAAAAGUUAUUGUUCUUUUAUAAUCACACCUUGGAUGCUAGCAGACUAGUUUGGAUACUUCAACAUUUUUUGAAACACCAACAAGAAAUCAAACAGAAAUGCGUGAAUUGUUCAGAAUGGUUAUGGAGAUUAAGAUGGAUUCUUCGCAUGUGUAUGCAACAUAACUCAGAAGCUUUAAUGAAUGGAGCUUAUUCAUUGGCUAUACCAUUAAGAGCAUUAGAAACAUUUACAAGUCGAGAAGAUGCAGAAAAAGUCCUACAUGAAAAUAGUUAUAAAUAUCUAGGAAAUAUCUUUAUUUAUUUGAUAAAACAUAAAUAUUUUGAUCAAUUAAGAAAAUUAAUAGAUAAUAAAGUCCCAUCUAUGUUAGAACCAACCUCUGUUGCACCAACACCAAUUUCAAAAUGUUUACUGGACAUGAUUAAACGACCAUUAGAUUUAAUUUCUUUUUUAGAACAUGAAGACAAUUUUUCUAUGCUUGUUUUACAAGAACUUUGUAAAAGUAUAUUAUCUUCUAAAAUAUCUGAUCCAAUACGAAUGUUUAUCAUUCCAUCCUUAUCCGAAUUUAUAGAGUUUCCAUAUAAUCAACUAAUAAAAUGUAUCGAUAGAAUUGAACUAGAACCAACAAUAAGUUUACUUUAUUCCAUUUUAUCUCUGGAAUCAAAUCGAAUUUCCACAUGCAAAUCUAAAGAUGUUGUUAUUACUUAUUUACAAGUUCUUGCAUCUAUGAGUUCAACUAUAAUACCAUUAACUGUCGAAGAAAAUAUAGAACAAGGAAGUGAUUCGGACUCUGAAUCUACUGCAAAUAUGAUUGAUCAGGAUCAAGCCGAUAUUUUACACGAAUGUAUAGAAAUGCUAAAUGAAGAGCAACGUGUUCAAGGAAUACUCUUAGCGGUAGAUCGAAGCAAAGAUCCAGCUGUAUUGCAACCAUUGUGCCAACUCUGUCAUCAUUUGCUAAUUACUGACAAAUUAGCCAUUCAUAAGUAUAAACUAUUAUAUAUGCUCGCUUUUAAGCCAGCAUUUUUAAAGAAUUUAUGGUCUGCUCUAUUAUCGGCUUGUCAAAUGUCCCUAUUUGGUGGAGCAACCCCUCUCUUACAAAUCAUAUCACGGGGAAUUGGUCUUUCUACGGAAGAUACGAAAAAAAUAGUUCCACUGUUAGCUGUAUUUUGUUCACUAUUUAGUUUACUUAUAGCAACGUUACACGACACGGAAUUUUUCAUUCAAGAUCAAUCUUUAGACAUUAACGGACAACAAACGAUGCCGUUUACUACUUCAGAACUGGUAUUGCUGUCAAGUCAUUUAAAAGGCGUUUGCUUAGGUUUAGUAGAGCUUGCAUUUCCCGAUAGUCGGCCCACCGUACGAGACGAUUAUAAGAGAGCUGUUCUUGGUCCGUCAUGUUCUCUACAAAACCAACAGGACACGCAAAUGUGGACGCAUUUGUUCAAAGUAACAGUCGGCUUAUUACGCCAGCUGCAUAUGCGAGACUUAAGACGGCAAUUUUGUCCAGAAGGGCACUGGAUAGCUUCGAAUAUUGUAAUACCAAUUGAUAAACCUCAAGAUUUCACAUUUCGCAGACGUAGAUUGAGAGGGUAUAUUCCCUUUCAAGGAUUACGAGUGUUCACCCGAGAAGACUUAGAAGAAGGGCCACCUCUUUCCGCAAAAGAAGUUCGAACGUUGACACUCCUUCGCGAAAUACCAUUUGUUGUGCCGUUUAAUAAUCGAGUAGUGGCAUUUCAAUCGUUGAUUUAUCGAGAUAAAACGGAACAACAAGGUGAACUGACGCACUUCAUGCAAGGACCGUCGAUACAAAUAUCGGUAAGAAGAAACUACCUCUACGAGGAUGCGUUUGAGAAAUUGUCACCGGAAAAUGAGCCAGAAUUGCGAUUAAAAAUGCGUGUACAGCUUUUUAAUACAGCUGGUUUAGAAGAAGCUGGUGUAGACGGUGGUGGUCUGUUUAGAGAAUUUUUAUCGGAAUUGUUAAAAACAAGCUUCGACCCUAACAGAGGCUUUUUCAGGCUUACCAAGGAUAAUAUGCUGUAUCCAAAUCCUACAGUACAAUUAUUGGUUGACGAUUUCCCGAAGCAUUAUUAUUUUAUCGGUAGAAUUCUUGGAAAAGCUUUGUACGAGAAUUUAUUAGUCGAACUUCCGUUCGCAGAAUUUUUUCUAUCAAAGAUCGUUGGACGUCAGUCAGACGUCGAUGUUCAUCAUUUAGCUUCCUUAGAUCCGAUUAUGUAUAGGAACCUUUUGUACCUAAAAAGUUACAAAGGCGAUGUUACGGAUCUUGGUUUGGAUUUCACUGUAUUAUCGGAUGAACUCGGUGAAAGACGAAUCGAUGAAUUAAAACCAGGCGGUGCUAAUAUUCCUGUUACAAAUCAUAAUCGUAUCGAAUAUAUUCAUUUGAUGGCCGAUUAUAAGUUAAAUAAGCAGAUUAGAGCGCAAUGUUAUGCAUUCAAACAAGGUAUAGGUAGUGUGAUUCCCUUGGAUUGGCUUCAAAUGUUUAAUAAUAAGGAGCUGCAGGUUUUGAUAUCGGGUGCACAAAUCCCGGUCGAUGUGAACGACUUAAAAUUGCAUACUAACUACACAGGAGGAUAUGCCCCUGAUCAUCCGACAAUCAUUGCAUUUUGGAAAGUUGUUAAUGAAUUUAACGACCAGCAAAAAGGACAGUUACUCAAAUUCGUUACGAGCUGCAGUCGACCGCCUUUACUUGGAUUUAAGGAACUUGAUCCACCUUUUUGUAUUCAACAUGCCGGCAGUGUUGAUCGCUUGCCGACUUCCAGUACCUGUAUGAAUCUGUUAAAGCUACCAGAAUUUCCAGAUGAGAAAACUCUACGCGAAAAACUUUUAUAUGCGAUACAAGCUGGUGCAGGUUUCGAAUUGAGUUAAGCUCAAUUUUUUCCUAAUUUUAAGCAAAUUCUUUUAGUUAAAUCGAUGAUACCUGAUUGUAUAUAAAUUGUAAACGUAAUUAACAUUAAGCACGUACUUGAAAACAAACUAUGCAAAAGUUGUCAUAAUUCAUUAAUGGAUAGGUGAUUUGAUGUUAAUUAAGUGCUUUAAAUAUAAUGUGUUUAUUUAUAACAGCGAGUAAGGACAAAACAGAUUUCAUUUGAGCCAUUUUUCGCCCGCCAGAGGGCAGAAUAAUUUGAGAAAUCUUCGUCGGAUCAGGCAAUAAACAUAUAACAUUGUAAGGAGGGGCCAAUUAAUUAGCGGUAACGUCUAUUAAGGAGACAACUACGAGUACAGUGAACAAAUAUGUAUUGUUUGUAAAAAUACGUUACAUUACCCUACAGGAUAUAUACCAACUUAUGUGCAUAUAUGUAUACAUCCAUAUAUACGCACACAUAUAUGCAUAGAUAUAUAUAUAUAUAUACACACACACACACACACAACACAUAUUUCAUUUGUUAUAACUUUUCUGCCCUUGGCCUAUAACUGUAAAUUGUGUAUAUUUUUUGUAUUCCAUCAUAAUUACCGGCAACUAUAUAUCAAUAUUAAAUAUACAUGAGAGAAUAGAAUAUAUGUAUUUAUGAAUUCGUUAA